AUGCCCCCUCCGGUCGAAGAUAGUUCUGACGAGGAGUUGGGAGAUAUUCCAUUCAGCACCGCUAAAGAUGGCACCCCUGAUGAUACUCCUGCUACCACGGAUAUGAAAGAAGACGACAAAGAGGAUGUCAAGGCAGAAAAUGGAGACGACUCCAGUGAGGAGGACGAGGGCGUCUAUAUCGUUGAAUCAAUCGCUACUCAUGAUUUCUUGAAGGGAACCCUCUUAUUGCACGUGAAAUGGAAAGGAUAUGACAAGGUCGAAGAUAUGACCUGGGAGCCCGAGGAGAACCUGAAGGAUGGUGCUCAGGACAUCCUGGCGGCAUACUAUAAGAAGAUUGGUGGGCGGCCCAAGAAACCUUUACCGCAGACUCCAGUGAAAGCGGGCCCGGGCCGUAAGCGCAAGUCAAUGGGCGAACCAAAGGAAGAGCCGGCUGAAGCACCGAAAACCGAGACCAAGAGGCGACGAAAGUCGGCAGCCCAGACCAUGGCUUCCGAGACUCCGGCCUUGACAGAGGACGGCAGUGAGGACGACGACCAGACCAAUUGGGUUCCCAAGGGCAAAAACUGGGACAAGGAACUCGGUGCCGUUGACACCAUAAUUCGCGAUCCAGAAAGCCAGGGUCUCUUUGUGCUAUUACUAUGGAAUAACGGAAGAAAGUCACGAGUUUCUAUUGAAACUUGCUAUGAGAAGUGUCCGCAGAAGAUGCUGAAGUUUUACGAAAAUCACUUGGUGUUCAAGGAAAGCUAG